AUGACCGCUCCUUCGAUGAACAGCACCACAAUCGACGACAAGAAAGAGUACAAGAAAAGGAGAGUACUCCAGAUGGCCAGGUUUUAUGGUGCGGCCGCUUUCACCCUGAUCACCAUGAGACUAAUCUCCAAGGCCAUAAAAGUACGAAAAUACGUCCCGAAUAUGUUCCAACAAAAUUACAAGCCCCCACCGUUCUCCCAAAGGAACGAAGCCAUGUCCGCGUUAACGUUUGCAUCUGCAGCUUCCAUAGGUACGUUCAGCACGUCGAUAUAUGGAUUUUGUUGGGCAUUUGAUAUCUCAACUGCAAGCGAGUUCGUAUUCAAGACAAGAGAGCUCAUGGGUGUUCCGCAAACUGUGGACAGUGACACAAGCAUGGACGAAGAAACUGCCAGACUGACCGAGCAAUUGCAAGACCUUCUGUCGGGCGAAGAGGACAACUAG